UCGGGUCGUCGGCGGCGGCAGCGGUGUUGUUGUUCUUUGUUGGUGGGACCGCUGUACUGCUGGCCGCCUGAACGGGUGAUGACUGGCCCUCCGUGUUUGAGCAGGAAUUAAUUUUUAUUUCGGCUUCGAUUGCCUCCCCUUCCAAUCGAGCGUGAAGAGCCUUCGAUGCCACAGUAGUUAACACCCAUUCCCAAGGGAAGAAGAUUCGACGACGAGGACGACGCGCUAAAUUGGCGCUAGAAAAGUGACAAAGCAGAGCAGAUUAGCACUUUUGAUUUGAACGAGCUGAUACAAAUCCUCUGAAAAGGAAGCGUGAGCCAGAAGAUCCCAGCUGGGAUAGGAAGUGAACGAAACAUUAAGUGGAAAUUGUGUCAAGUUAUUGUGUGUCGGGAAAAGUGUGUGCAAACAAGUGCCGCCGGGUUCCGUCAUAGAGCUUGCGGAGAUAAGCUAAGGAAAGACAUCAUUGAUCGGCAGCGGAAAUCGAGAUUUUCAUUUCUUGCUUCAGUUGUUGUGCGCGCUCCAGUCGGUUGGUCGGUUGGUGCUGGGUGGGAGACAAGUGCGGUUAUGAAAUUAGACAGACAGAGACGGAAGCAAUAAUAUCAGCAGAGAUGCGAAAAACGGGAAGCUUAGCAGCCGUAAUCUUGCUGAUUACCGUCGGAUUAGCGGGAAAAGUUUUCGCAUUUAGCCAUGGAAAGGCAAGAGGCGAGGUUUCCGCUGCACAACGAUAUUUUGAUGCCGUUGCACCCGAAGAUAGAGAAGCCUUCCUGAAAUAUUACUUGGACAAAGCCCUCGAGGAACGUGAUCCGACAUAUAGCAGCAUAACUCCUGCCGAUUUCUCCUUCAUCAUUUAUGAGGACUCCAAUUCGGCAUCGUCCACUUCCAGAGACAGCCCAUCCGCCGAGGAAUCACCGGUCCCGCCCAACGUAGUGGAUGUUGCGCUGAACGUGAACGGACCUGACAACUGUGUCAAGUACUCGCUGGUUUGCUACAGCUCCGGAUGCAUCGAUCCCACCAAUAUCGCCAACAUAUGCUGUCCGUUUUAAUCAAAUUGCAAUUUAGUAGUAGCCGGCGAAAAAAAAAAACACUGGCCCCAACAAUAACGCGCAAUCCUGCGAUUAAGUGGUCCCAUUUGGGCGAUCGGUUUGUCGUUUCGCUUUUUGUUCCUAAUUGAUUGCAUUAGGGAAAAUAUAUUUAUUUGUGAAUUUCCGGCUGGAUGGUUGUUGUGGUUUGAAGCAACAGAUGUGCUUUGCCAAAGGGAACGUUUGUAAGCGGUUCCUGUGUUGGAGGUCCAGUUUUCAUUUAUCCAAAUUAGAGACUUCCGAAAUGUAUGAUAAAUAAAGUAUAUUGUCAUAAAGGUA